AUGAGUGAUCAAGAAUCUGUCGCUUCAUUCAACUCCCAAAACACUUCCAUGGUGGAUGCCGAAGGUCAGCAACCCCAGCAAUAUGUCCCCACGAAAAGUAUCUCUCGUACAAACCAAUUGAACCUAACCAAAACUGAAACGGUGAAAUCGCUACAGGACUUGGGUGUCACUUCGGCUGCCCCAGUGCCCGACAUCAAUGCUCCAAAAACCGCUAAGAAUAACAUCUUCCCCGAAGAAUAUACUAUGGAAACUCCAUCUGGGCUGGUUCCAGUGGCCACUCUACAAUCCAUGGGUAGAACCGCUUCCGCCUUAUCCCGUACUAGGACAAAGCAAUUGAACCGUAGUGCUACUAACUCUUCAUCCACAGGUAAAGAAGAGAUGGAAGAAGAAGAAACUGAAAACAAGAGUGGUGAGAACGAAUUAGAUCCCGAAAUCGAGUUCGUCACUUUUGUCACCGACGAUCCAGAAAACCCUCACAAUUGGCCCGCAUGGAUCCGUUGGUCUUACACCGUCCUGUUGUCCAUCCUAGUUAUUUGCGUCGCCUACGGGUCCGCUUGUAUCAGUGGUGGGCUGGGAACCGUCCAGAAGAAAUAUCAUGUCGGCAUGGAAGCCGCCAUUUUAUCGUGUUCUUUGAUGGUUCUUGGGUUCUCCUUGGGUCCCUUGAUUUGGUCUCCGGUUAGUGACUUAUACGGUAGAAGAGUUGCUUACUUUGUCUCCAUGGGUCUUUAUGUCAUUUUCAACAUUCCUUGUGCGUUGGCCCCCAAUCUAGGUUGUCUCCUAGUCUGUAGGUUUUUAUGCGGUGUUUGGUCGUCUUCAGGUCUAUGUCUAGUUGGUGGGUCCAUUGCCGAUAUGUUCCCAAGUGAAACGAGAGGUAAGGCCAUUGCUUUCUUCGCCUUCGCUCCUUACGUUGGUCCCGUCGUGGGUCCAUUGGUUAAUGGUUUCAUUUCUGUUUCUACCGGUCGUAUGGACCUGAUCUUUUGGGUCAACAUGGCCUUCGCAGGUGUUAUGUGGAUCAUCGCCUCUGCUAUUCCAGAAACUUAUGCCCCAGUUAUUUUGAAAAGAAAGGCUGCCAGAUUAAGAAAGGAGACUGGUAACCCUAAGAUUAUGACUGAACAAGAGGCCCAAGGUAUCAGUAUGGGUGAAAUGAUGAAGGCUUGUUUGUUGAGACCAUUAUACUUCGCUGUCACGGAACCCGUUCUGGUCGCCACUUGUUUCUACGUGUGUUUGAUUUACUCUCUAUUAUAUGCGUUCUUCUUUGCCUUCCCUGUCAUUUUUGGUGAACUGUACGGCUACAAGGAUAACCUUGUCGGUUUAAUGUUUAUCCCAAUUGUUAUCGGCGCCCUUUGGGCCCUAGCCACCACUUUCUAUUGUGAAAACAAAUAUUUAGCGAUCGUCAAACAACGUAAGCCCACUCCUGAAGAUCGUUUGUUGGGCGCCAAGAUCGGUGCUCCAUUCGCUGCUAUCGCUCUUUGGAUUUUGGGUGCUACCGCUUAUAAGCAUAUUAUCUGGGUUGGCCCAGCUUCGGCCGGUUUAGCCUUUGGCUUUGGUAUGGUGUUAAUCUAUUACUCAUUGAAUAACUACAUUAUCGACUGCUACGUCCAAUAUGCAUCCAGUGCCUUGGCCACAAAGGUUUUCUUAAGAUCUGCAGGCGGUGCCGCUUUCCCAUUGUUUACCAUUCAAAUGUACCACAAACUGAACUUACAUUGGGGUUCUUGGUUGUUGGCUUUCAUAUCUACUGCAAUGAUUGCUUUACCUUUUGCAUUUUCAUAUUGGGGUAAGGGUUUGAGACAUAAAUUGUCCAAGAAAGAUUACUCCAUUGAUAGUGUUGAGAUGUGA